AUGUCGUCCGCCGCUGUAUCUACCGCGUCAUCUUUCACCUCUCAGGCAGCCAAUCCCUCAGUAAAGCCAUCGACCACUGAAACGGAGAAGCCAAAGCCUUGCUGCGUGUGCAAGCCCGAAAAGGCCGCUCGCGACGACUGCAUGCUGUUCUCGAAAUCCGAUAAUCCGGCUGAAUCAGAAUGUCGGUCUACGAUUGAGCAGUAUCGGAGCUGUAUGGCCAGUUACGGGUUCAAAGUUUAA